AUGAUUGCAGAACUCCUCAUCGCACCAGGAGGCGAUCGUUGGCAAGAUAGUUCCAUUGCGGAACUCUUUGAGAAGCGUCUUGAAGGCUCCUAUGAGCUAUAUAUGCAAUACAUACAGAGUAUGAGACGGGUAUUGGACGAUAUAAAUAGAGAGCUUCUCAUUGACUCAGAAUGGGCUGAGAAACUGCUUGCCAAUUCACAACUAACAUCAAGUAAACGAAUGAAGCUCAAAGCUUUCUUCUCAAAAGAAGGUCUUUCACAUCAAGUUUACAAAUUCAAGCUCUGCAACAAUGAAGCCAUGCGUAAACGACUCUUUGGUGAACUCCAGAAUUAUAACGAUAAGCUAGAAAGACUUUUUAAAGCUAGUGAUGAAGAUUUACGCAUAGCGACAAAUAGAAAGUCAAAGCAACAAUCAAAAGCAAUUGACACAGCCAUAUGCAGCUUCUGGAAGAAGGCAAAGAGUGCUUAUCAAGCUCUGGCUUCUGCUUGGACUUGCCAAUGUCAGCAACAUGGAGCAAAGCUGCUGCUCCAAUAUCGGAUAGCAGGAAAGGCGGAGUUUGAUAUCACUCUGAAAGGGUUCAUUGCUUCUAAUUGGUUAGUUCAAAAUAUCAGGGUUUCGGAGGUUGACGAAACAGAAAAGGCAAGAUUGGAUGAGAGUAUCACACCACUAGAAACUGUUCCCAUUCAUCAGCCUAGCCGCGCGCAGAGUUAUCCGAAUGGGUCAGCGCUCCAGAUGAAGGGCAACGCAGAUGCAAUUGUUAAAUCACGAAGGCAUCACUGGUGGCCAUUCACGUCUGCAACGCAUAGCUCCCAGUCGCCUUCAGUUACACCCACCUGUGUUACCGCCUCUUCAUCCCGCAGCACGACUGGUGAGAUAUUGAACAUUUGCACUUCAUUCGAACCGCUAGGAACAUUAUGUUAUGGCUACGUCAGUGAUCAGAAUUGUCGCUACUACUUGUACAAUAUCCCUCACAAUAGCGCUAACGUAAUGCCCUCUGUGACCCUCGACCAAAUACUCCAAGGCGAAAUACAUCCAGUAUUCUCGCGUUCACAGAGAUAUACGCUGUCACUAAUCAUCGCCUCUACAUAUCUUCAGCUGCUGGAAUCCCCGUGGCUAUCACCAUCUCCAAAAAGAGCCGAUUUUCUUUUCCCCAAAGGCAAUUCCGAUUCAACUCUCGUCGAAAUCGACCAGCCAUAUAUAAGUCAAAGCUUCAGACUUAUGAACAAACAGGAUGCCCUCUCUACAUCCGAAAACAGUUUUCAUUUUGCCGGGGCACUUGAUCAUCUAGGCAUCUUGCUCUUGGAGCUUUGUUUCGGCCAAAUUCUAGAAGACCAGCCAUGGAGAAAAAGGUUACCAGCAGGGGAGAAUAAGAUAGAGAAGGCGGGCUAUGAUGUUUUGGCGGCUCGAGAGUGGCAGUGUCAAGUCAAUGAAGAGGCAGGCGCAGAUUAUGCCGAAGCGGUCUCGUGGUGUCUCGGAGGAAAUAGGAGUGUAGCACCAGAGAAAUGGAGACAAGAAAUGCUGCAUCGAGUGAUACGGCCUCUCGAGCGAAGUCGCGAUUAUUUAAGAACUGGAGGUGUAGGCUUUUGA